AAGUUUGAACGUUUACCAGCCCUGGUAAAAGUUCUCGAAAGUACAUACUCGGGUCACGUCCUGAUGUAAGAGAUGCGAGGUGCGGCUGAGAUGGGUCGUUUCGCAACCCGGGUCUGUCCCCAAGGUCGUAACACCACAAAACUAACAGAUCGCCAUUCUGUGCUUGUCCAGACUUAAGUGCGAACGUCCAAUACCACCUGCGAAUAUGAAAACUUUUAUCAUCCUGGCGUGUAUAUGCGCCAUAGCGUACGCGCAAUUCGGAUCCUUCGGUCAAAACUCCGGUUUCCAACAAAGUUCGAGAUUUGGAAGUUCCCAAAACACUUUCGGUAACCAACGGGGUGUUAACCAACAAAGUGCAUUUGGCAGCCAAAAGGGAACCCAAAGUGCAUUUAGUAGUCAACAGAGUGCAUUCGGCAGCCAAAGAGGAAACCAACAAAACGCUUUUGGUAGCCAACAGAGUGCUUUUGUCGGUCAACAGAACAGAUACCAGAGCCAGCAAAGUUCAUUUUCAAACCAGCCCAGUAGGAGUCAAAGUGCUGGCUCAUGCCGAGAGAAAAACGAACGAUCCCCAGUUCCUGGUAGCUGCGACAGAUACAUUGAGUGUAUUAAUGGGACUGCCGAAGAGAAGCUGUGUCCCGAUGGUCUUCUCUACAACCCAAAUGUGAACUUCAACGUGUAUCCCUGUCAGUAUCCUAAUGAAGUGCAAUGCCUCGAGAGAUCUUCCCUGCAACCACCUCAGCCCACAGAAGACUGUCCCCACCAGUUCGGUUAUUUCAAACUGGGUGAUGCAAGGAACUGCAGCGCGUUCAGAACCUGCGUGAACGGCGUCGGGUACGACUUCAGCUGCCCCGAUGGGCUGGCGUUCAGCUCGGAGACUUACCGAUGCGAGUGGCCAGACACAGUAGCCGACUGUGACGCUGAAGCUUUCCUUGGUUUCCGAUGCCCACAAGUUCCUACUUCAAAAGAGCUCGGCCCUCCAGCUGGAUACAGGUUUUACAGAUCUGACACCAAUUGCCAGAAGUAUUUCCUUUGCAUCGAUGGUCGCCCACGUGCACUCGGCUGCGGUGGAGACUCAGCCUUCGACGAGCUUACAUCCAGCUGCGUAUCAGCUGACGAAGUGGCAGCAUGUCCCAACGAACUGAAAGCAGCAGCCGCGCGGUCCAGGGAAGAGGAAAAGCAGAGACUAGCAAAAGAGCUAUCAAUAAAAUCCACACCACAACAGAAAAGAAGAUUCUAGUUUAUUGAUUGCUUUAUUACCAAUUAGUUUAAUGCCUCAGUCAUUAUGUUAAUUAAAAGUUACCGUAUUGCCAAAUAAGAAUGUUUUGAUUGUAAGUAAGAUAUAAAAAGUCUAUGUCAGAAAAUAGUCAGCGACGUCAACUCUAAAGAGUUUUUUUUUUACUUUAAAUAAAUAAAGAUGAAACCUUAAGCUCUUCUUGAUAAU